UUGUGAGACUGAAGAGAGGUUUGGGCACAUUUGGGAGUGGCCAGCUGCGAGUUUGUGAAAGCGACAGCUGAGCUCUCUCCCAAAAUAGUUUGCAUGGACGGUAUUUCAGGGCAGUUUCUACCCAGGAAACACAAUGGAUACAACCCCUCCUGUAACACAGCAGAUCGGAAGAAAUCCGCAUGAAAACCGAUGCAAGUCAGUUGAUAUCGACGUCUCAGACGUACAAGACUGCAAUGUUUUUGAUCGACAGGGAAAUCGACUUUCUUUUAGAUCUUUGUAUCAGGAAAAGAAAGCCAUCAUUGUCUUGGUUAGGCAUUUCUUGUGCUACACUUGCAAAGAAUAUGUGGAAGAUCUGGCUAAAAUACCCAAGAGUUUCCUAUCACAUGCUGACGCUAGAUUGAUUGUUAUUGGACAAUCUUCGCACCAUCAUAUUGAUGCCUUUUGCCAACUGACCGGGUAUCCACAUGAAAUGUACGUUGACCCUGAAAAAGAAGUAUAUAGAAAGCUUGGAAUGAAUAGAGGGGAUACAUUUUUAAAAGCAGCAGGUCAUAGUCUUCAUGUGAAAUCAAAUAUGUUUACUGGAACUGUGAAAAGCAUAUGGCGAGCAAUGACCAGCACUGCAUUUGAUUUUCAAGGGGACCCAAGUCAGCAAGGAGGAGCUUUGAUUAUAGGACCUGGUGCUGAAGUUCACUUUGCUCAUUUCGACAUGAACAGGCUUGAUCACAUGCCAAUAAACUGGCUUUUGGAGCAGGCAGGAGUACAAACAGUGGAUUUUACAGAUCAGCCCAUCAUUCAUGUCUAAAACCUGGACAGAAAUGUAGUCAAAUGGAAUUGCUUGUGAUAAGGAAAAAAGGGGGAUGUGUAAGAGUUAUGUUUUUCAAUCCCAGAACCUGCUUUUGCGAGGUUCCUGAUGCUUUGCGCUAGGUACAUUAUAAUUGGUCUUUUCUUAUUUGAACCCUUUGAAACAUUUACCAUAGUAAAAUCAUAGGAAAGUGCAAUGAAGCACAGUAAAAGCAUGGUAAAGCACAUGGAUGCAUUGUAAAGCCCAGAGAGAUGUUAAGGCAUAUUUAAAACCAUGGGAGACUGUAGUAAAUGGGGAAAAAUAUGGAAAAAACAUAGGAAACCUGCAAAGUUACAGUGCAACAUUACUGUGGUAAAUUUUAUAAGGAAACUGAUAUAUACAACACUUUAAAGUGUAGUAAAAACAUGCACUACUAUUUGUGAGGAUGUACAAAAAAAAGCAAAACACUUUUGUGUUAUUGUUUAUCGUUGAUUUCUGCCACAACCUAAUUACAAUAAGAGAAUGGCAAUGUUUUUCUUAAAGGGACAGUCAAAUCAGAAUUUCCUGGACACUCUGAGCUGGUAUUAUACCGUAUCCUAGUAAUUCCCAUAAUCCCCUUUUUUCUUUUAAGCCAGUAGGAGUUGUUUGGGGAAAUAUCAGAAGAAGGUAGAAAUAAUUUAGGGAAACCCAUUAGUAAGGUAGCUGUGUGUGUGAAAAAAUACAUGGAGGCACUAUGAAUACUAUAGAUGUUUGUUCAAACUAAUGAGAACGCUGACUAAAAGUUAUAAAUGCUUAUGUAUAUUUAGUAAAAGCUGCCUAUACAUUUUUCUUUUAAUAUUUUAUAAUUUAAUGUCUGGUCUGAUGAAUUGGAUUACAGUACAUUCGUAACACAACUUUGUCUAACUCAUUCCUAAUGCCCAUCUUCAUCUGCUCAAAAAAAAGCAGCAGAUACAAAACCAACAUAUCACACCAUGAUAGUUUAUUCAUACUUGGAAGUUCACUCCCCUAUCACAGCGAUUAACCCUCUCAUUUCCAAAAUGACUUACAAUAAAAAAUACAACAAAAUAGUACAAUCAUUUUACUGGCUAGAUCUAAUAAGUAUUAUACAAUGGUUAAAAAAGCACAACCAAUGAUUUGGCUCUUAUUUAAUUAGAAUCAGGAAAAUUCCAGUUCGAUUUCAAUAUAUCACAAGCCAUUUUAUAAGUGCAAUAACACACCUGAAGGCAUGGGUGGUACUGAUUCAACCCACUUCUCAGGUAGUUUAAGACACCUUUUACAGUUGUUAUAUUUCCUUUAUGGUCCAUCUUAAUAGGCCUUUUGUCAACUGACCGGGUAUCCACAUGUGUGUUAUUGCUUACCUAUUAACAGGUCUAAGAAUAUCAUUUUUUUUUACAACUGAGUUUAUUACUUCAGCCAAUGUAUGCUGAAAAGCAGUAUACUGUACAUACUGUAUUAUUAAAUAAGAAAAUAAAGUGCAUUUCACUGAUAAAGAAGAUGCAGUUUGUCUGAGGAUGGUUUUAAUUAGGAAUGCAAUUCAGGAUUGCUUACUGCGCCUAACAGUUUGAUAUGUGAUUUAGACAUUGUGACAUUUGCCUUUGCCUGCAUUCAAAUACAGAACAUAUUAAUUGCUGCCCUGCAAUUUGCCCAGUUGCAAACUUGAAAAGAGUGCAGAGUCUCGGUUAAUUGUAACCUUGGUUACUGAGUGUGCUGUUGUUCUUCACAACAUUUGUUUUCACACAAAGCUAAAAUGACUCUUUAGGUAAAAGCACAAAACAGAACUCUUCUUUCUGCGGUAACAUAGUGCCACUGCUUUCUACCUAAUAAGAAACGAAUUAUGUUUCUACUGUAUCACUUGUGAAAUUAUGCAUUUAGUCUGUAAAACUGUACUGAUCCAAAUCAGCACUCCCACACUGUAUUUCAUUGAAAUGGUACAGACUGAAUUGCAAUUUAAAUACUGUAUCUGUCAGUUUUAAUGUUGUUUAAUGUGAUCAUAUGAAACUGUUAUUCAACUGCAAACAUUUUUGUUUUUAAUAUGUAUUUAAAGUUGUAUUUAUUUAAAGAAAAAAGUUUGCUGGUACAAAAAUAAAUACCAGCAAAUAUUGCAACUUGGAA